UGGGCAAUAUGGUGUCCUCCGUGACGAUGGCAGCCACCGACUCUGAUCUCCAAACUGAUCGUUUGAGCCUGAAUUCCGAAGAAAGUUCUCUCAAGUCACCCGAGGAUGAUGAUCGAGAAGAAUAUGAAGAUUGGGGAUUUCCUCUUCGUGGAGUUUAUAAGCUUGCGGUGCGGUUUUUCAAAGAGAAAGAGGGAAAGGCGGUACAUCUCUCGUAUAUGAACAAAGUUCACCUCGUGGCCUACACCCAGCAAGUGUCUCAUGGAAAAUUCAGCCCAGAAGUCUCGCCUCCCGUCGGGUAUUUUGAUGUCAUCGGUUAUGACCGAAGACAAGUGUGGCAGAGCCUUGGAGAGAUGUCUAAAGAGGAGGCGAUGAAGAAAUUCAUCGAGCUCAUCAACGAAACCUGUCCCUUAUUCCGACCAUACGUCGAGGCCCACCGUAGGGAUCGGGAGGAGCAGCAACGAAAGGCGUACGUCUCCCGGAUAAAUAUUAAGCGAGAGGAUGAGGAGAAAAGGCAACAGGAGGAAGAAAUUCGGAAGCGAGAGGAAGAAACUAAGCGGAAGGAAGAGGAAGAUCGUCAGAGGCAAGAAAUUCAAAAACGGAAGAUCCAGGAGGCCUUGAAUCAGCAGACAUACCAUCAAUUCAAGGCCUAUGCAGAAGCCCAGUAUCCCAAUAAUCCUGAACAGCAAGCUGUGUUGAUCAGACAGCUCCAGGAGCAGCACUACAAACAAUACAUGCAACAGGUGUAUCAGCAGCAGUCUCCUGGAGAUGGCGGAAGUGGAAGUAAGGGGAAGAAAAAGAUGGAAAAUGGGAUCUCCAGUCCAUCCUCCGUACUCGCUUCCACCCCGGUGGCUAAUAAUAAUAAUGUGGAUGGCGGAGAGGAUGGUGUCACCGACGAAGAGGAUGAAGGGGAAAGCGAGGGAGAAGAGCUAGUGAUUGAUGACCUUGAGUUUCAUUCUGUGGUAUCUUCCCCUUUCCAAGAACUUCCCCCCAUCCAGGCAGCUUCUAUGUGGACCCGAAAAGACAUCAAUGAGUUCAAAGAGCUCAUUAGGAAAGAAUCUUCGGAAUCCAUCAUCAAAGUGCGACAUGGGGAGACCGUCACUGUGAGAGUGCCAACACAUGAAGAUGGAGCUUGUCUAUUUUGGGAAUUUGCUACAGACAGCUAUGAUAUUGGAUUUGGUCUCUAUUUUGAAUGGACCAAGUCUCCAACCAGCCAAGUGUCAGUACACAUUUCUGAGUCUGAGGAAGAGGAUGAUGAAGAAGAUGAGGAAGCUGAGGAGGUGAGAGAAGGAGACCUGCCAGGAGAUGUAGAGAAGGGAAGUGGUGGCUCGAAGAGAGAGGAUCGACCCCCAACCACAGUCGUCAUCCCGACAUAUCGAAGAGAUUGUCAUGAGGAGGUCUACGCUGGGAAUCAUGUCUAUCCUGGAGAAGGAGUGUAUCUGCUCAAAUUUGAUAAUUCCUACAGUGUCUGGCGAUCCAAGACCCUCUACUAUCGAGUCUAUUAUACCAGGUGAAGCUGGAUCGAUGGAGGAGAAAAAUUCCAUAUCCCACCCCCUUCUUUUUGCUUGUGCCAGAAAUUCCUGCCAGUCAAAUGUUAUGCCAACUCAGGUGUGUGGUUAUCUUCUGAACACAUGAAAGUAGAAUCAUCUCACCUGGUUCCUGCCUUCCUCUCUUUUUCUGAACACUUGGGCACCUUUGAAGGGCAAUCACAUGGUGUUUGUUUCAUGAUAUCAGACCCUGCAGUUCUUGUUCUGCUCCUUCCUUGUGGACUGUUUAUUGAUCUCGAAUUGGUCGCAUGCUCUUUUCUCAUUUUCAUUCGUGUCACAUCUGACUUCUGGACGAACUGCUAGAAUCUGCUUUGUCUUUUUUUUGGGCCAGUAUGGUGAUGGAAGAUGAUUUUGGGCACAACCUGAAGGACACAAAUUUGUGAUCAAACAUAUGAUUUAUGUCAGAUGAAUCUUUGGGAUUCUUUAUCAUGAUUGACUGUGUCUUGGACACAUGUCACGGUGUGUCUCCUGUGAUAGCAUCCUGUCUGCUUCCAUGGAUUGUCCAAAAACAGGACUUCACAUGUAAAAAUUGUAGGCCUAUUGUACUUAAUAGUCCACAAGGGCAAAAGGAACUUCAUUACAGUAAUUAAUAUAUUGGAUGGAAUUGAAAAAAGCUUAGGUUGCUAAAAGGUACUGAAAUUCUAUUUCAUCUUUCUCCUUUUUGUCUCUGCACGCUGGAUUCUUCCCAGAUCUACUUUGAUUAUCUCCCACCCAUUAUAUAAAAAAGAGACAAAUAAAGGAUGUUAGA